AUGGCUAUGCCAUGGGUCCUCAGAGCAGCUGUGCUGCUUUUGGCUGAAGGUCAAGACUGCGAGGAUGCGCCGAUUUCGCUUCUCCAGCGCAGGGGCCAGCGGGUAGAGGACAACUUGUCGAGCGAUAGCAUCGCGCGGCUUCUGUGGCUCACGGAUUUGCACGGGGACCCCUUCUAUUUGACCUCUGUGCGCCAGUGCCAGAAGCGCACCGUGGAGGAGCUGCAGGGCUUCAGCUUCGGGUUCAUGGGGUGCGACCCCCCCUUCGGCCUCAUGGGCUCCGCGGCGGCCGCGGCCCGGAGCUUCACCGAGGCCGAUGCUGAGUUUGUGCUCUACACAGGGGACUUCUCGCGGCAUCGCAUGCUCAUGAUGGAGGACCCCUACACGAACGUGUCGAACAUCAUCGGCAGUGUAGCGGGCAUCAUCAAGGGGCAUUUCAAAAACCUGCCGAACCUCUUCGGCGCGCUGGGCAACGACGAUAACCCAGCGAACUACUUCCAAAACAUCACCACGGACCAGGCGACGAAUCCGUGGUUCAGGUCCGUCAGCGCCAGCAUGCAGAGGGCGAAUUGCAUGAGCAACGAGACCCGGCAGCAGUACGACUACGGGAGCUUCUUCGAGGCGCAGUAUGGGAACCUCACCAUUCUGAGCAUCGCCACAGUGAUCUACUCGGUGCAGCACCAGCCCAGCAGUCCCAGUGGUCUGCCAACGGACCCCUUCAGACAGCUCGCCUGGCUGCGCCGGAAGUUGGGGGAGGCCUUUGAAGAGGACCGGCGGGUAUGGAUCGUGGGCCACAUCCCUCCAGGCAUGGAGACCUUUGGGUACACGCAGCUCUGGCAUCCUCAGUACCUGGAGGCAUAUCUGGAGAUUGUGCAAGAUCCCGAGCUCGGAUCUGUCAUAGCUGCUCAGCUCUUUGGGCACGUGCACAAGGAAGAGAUCCGGCUCUUGCCGGACCCCCCGCCUAACGCAGGGCCAAUUUUGCUGUCGGCAUCUCUAAGCCCGGUGUACUACAACCAGCCGGCAUUUCGGAGCGUGAGCUAUGACAGGAACACUGGGGAUGUGCUGGACUUUGACACCUUUUACGCCAACGUCUCCUCCAAGUCCAAUCUGGACUGGGCUCAGGGCUACAGCUUCACCGACCUCUUCCAGACCAGUCUGACCAUGACCGGGCUCAAGCAGCUGGCUGGACUUUUGCUGAAGGGAGGGGAAAUGUGGGAGAAGUACACCAAGUGGUACACGACCACCUACCCCAACGACUUGAUGGGAGUGGGCAGCCCGCGCGGUCCGCUGCCCGCCGACCAGGAGUCCUACAGACUUUUGAGGAGGCACCAGUACGUGUGUGCUCUCACCAUUCGCACAGCUAGCAGCUAUCAGGACUGCGUGACUGCGGCGGUGAGAGCUACCUGGACUCCAAAGACUCGAGAUGAGUCCCUGGGUGCUGCAGGCGGGUUUUCGCCAGACAUCGGGCGCCUGGUUGCAAGCAUCCCGCUGGAUUUCGAGGAAGGCCAUGUCUUGGCGCUGGGCAAGUUGCUGCGCUGGGCAGAGCUGAGUCCUCGGGAGGAGGCGCGGCAGAUUGUCCGCCUGGCCCGCCACGGCGAGUGGCACGAGCUGCUGCACACAUUCGGCCCGGCGGUCGACAAGGCGUGGGAGAUGGGCAUCCCCCUGGAUGAAGCGCUGGAGAGGUAG